AUGCCAGUCGCCUUCACCCGUUUUCCGGAUUUGGUUCAAAAAAAAAUUCUGGAUCUAAUGAAUUGCUACGAUUUAUUCAGCUUCAGUGAGACUUCAAAACGCUCCCGUUCAAUGUCACAACAAUCAGCCAAGCUUCAUGAAGGAAACAUGAAAAUUUUGUACGCCACUGGAAGAGAAACAUCACCCGAUUCGCCCUAUUUAGAUUUGACGUAUUUAAGUACAAGUCACUCUGUCCCCGAGUUGCCCAUCCGCUUGGAGUUCAAGGAUUCGAAAUUUGAGCACCUUGAAAAGUAUUUGAAUGUUCGUCAUUGCUCUCUAUUUGUCAACAUGUCCAUCAGUAUGGAUUUCUAUUGUCAUGCGCCUCUCGAAUCUGCUUUUCUUGCUCUUGAACAACUUACUCAACUUGACUAUUUGAUGGAAGAAUGUGUUAUCAAUUCUGUUUCAGAUAAUGAAUUGAUCGUCCGAACGUUGUUGUCACUCAAAAAAGCAAAGAACCUUAGGCUCAUGUGUCACCCAACUAACGAUUUCAAAGAAAGUUUUGAUUUCAAGACGCCAUUCACCGAAAGCUUGGAAAACGAGAAGCUCGAGAUUUAUUCUUCUAAAUGGGUCUCAGCUUGGCAUGUUAUAAAUGUUUUCAACAGAUGCCGUGAUGUCAGUCUUUCGGACUCAUAUUUCGAGGAGUCGGAGGUCAUCGAAAUUUUGAAAAGCUGGAAAAUUGGAUCAUCUAUCCAAUAUUUGAGAUUAGAAUUUGUUCGAGCUGGAUCAAACGAAGACUUUGAAGCAAAAAUGCUUGAGAUCAACGCUGAACCUGUUCCAGAGGCAGUCAAUGAGGAUCCCAACAUACAAAAUUUUUUCGCUUCCUCUUCCUGGUCACUCCAUCAAGACAACAGCGAUGUGGAAGUAUGGAUCACCAUUUCAAGUUAUCCUCAGAACAGAGAUCAUACUAAAAUGCCAAUCGACUUCAUCCGUUUUCCGGAACUGGUUCAAGAAAAAAUUUUAGACCUUCUGGAGUGCUACGAUUUAUACAAUUUCAGCGAGACUUCCAAAUGGUCUCGUUCACUUUCAAUAAGACCAGCCAAACGUCACAAAGGACAAAUGGAAGUGAAGUUCAGCAGGAAGAAGUAUUUGGAAUUGACCUAUUCAAGUUCGAGUCACCCUCAUGAAGACCUAAAAAUCAGCUUGGAACUCAAGGAUUCGAAGUUUGAAGACUUGGAAAAGUAUCUCAGCGUCCGGCAUUCUACUCUUUUCGCCAAUGUGACGAUCAGUCUUUUUUACUCCUGUUCGGCACCUUUCGAUUCGGCUUUUCUCACUUUGAAUCCACUGCUCAAACUUGCUCAACUCGGAUAUUCGAUGGAAAAAUGUUCUAUAACAAAAAUGCCAGUUGCCUUCAUCCGUUUCCCGGAUUUGGUUAAAAAAGAAAUUCUGGAUUUCAUGGAGUGCUACGAUUUGUAUCAAUAUUUUGAGCAGAUGCCGACUCUUGAAGGCUCAUAUUUCGAGGAGUCGGAAGUGAUUGCAACUUUGAAAAGCUGGAAAAUUGGAUCAUCUAUCCAAUAUUUGAGAUUAGAAUUUGUUCGAGCUGGAUCAAACGAAGACUUUAAAGCAAAAAUGCUUGAGAUCAAUGCUGACCCUGUUCCAGAGGCAGUUAAUGGGAAUCCGAACCUGUAA